AACCUUCCCUAGCACCAUGCUGCUCAUAUGACAUUCCUGGACGGCCUAGGCUCUCUACCACAACUAUCGUCGUAUUCCCCAGCUACUCUGGAAAGACUCAAAGCGGACGCGACGGCCAAGCUUCAAAAAUUUGCUCCUAUCUCUCCAGGAGACUCUGACCAAACCCUGGAUCAUGACCCGUCACGCGUUCAACUUGGCUCCUUCACCAUACCCAAAGGAAUGAUGGACGUCAGUCCGGACCAAUUCAGCUUCGAGGCGCCUACUACACGCGACAACAUCAAUCGCGUCGCCAGGGCAUGUCAGCUGGGUAAACCAAUCUUGCUUGAAGGCAGCCCAGGUGUCGGGAAGACGAGUCUCGUCGCGGCAUUAGCGAACGUUUGUGGUCAUCACCUGUGUCGUAUUAACUUAUCAGAUCAGACGGAUCUCAUCGACCUCUUUGGUUCCGAUCUUCCCGUCGAAGGAGGAAGUCCUGGUCAGUUUGCGUGGAAAGAUGCAGAGUUCCUUCGCGCACUGCAGGAAGGUCACUGGGUCCUACUGGACGAGAUGAACCUGGCACCACAAGCGGUCCUUGAAGGGCUCAAUGCCAUACUGGAUCACCGAGGCACCGCCUCCAUUCCCGAGCUUGGACGCAGCUUUAAACGCCACCCAUCUUUCCGCAUAUUUGCUGCACAGAACCCGCUGCAUCAGGGUGGGGGCCGAAAAGGCUUGCCGAAGUCUUUCCUGAAUCGGUUCACCAAGGUCUACGUGCAGGAACUAUCUGGCGAUGAUGUCCAACUUGUCUGUCGACACCUCUUCCCCACCAUACCAGAGGCUUGGAUGCAUGGUAUGAUCACCUAUAUCACUCGUCUCCAGGAAGAAGUCACUCUCAAGCGAUCCUUUGGGCGAGAGGGCGCUCCAUGGGAGUUCAACCUCCGCGACGUCAUCCGCUGGGCCUCCCAAAUCCAGCAGCCAGAGCAAGGAUUCGUCCAUCCUGCUCAUUUCAUAAACACUCUGUUUCUUCAACGUUUCCGCACGAGGGGCGAUAGACACGUCGCGCUGCAGCUAUUCCGCAGCAUCUUCUCCGAGGUCGACUUCAACAUGAUGGAGCCUCCUUACCUCACUGUCUCUCCGGCCUUCGUGAAGACCGGUCGCUUCAUCAACCAGAGAUCUGGAAGCUUGCUUGAUAGACCUUCUGGAGUCGUUCUCCAAUCCCAGCUGUCGGCCCUGGAGUCUCUCGGUGCAUGUCUCGCCAACAAUUGGCUCAGUGUCCUCACGGGAUCCCGGAGAAGCGGAAAGUCUUCUCUUGUGCGUAUGAUAGCGAACCUCACAGGUAACAAACUGCACGAGAUCUCCGUUAACAAUGCUACCGACGCCUCCGACAUACUUGGCAGCUUCGAAGAAGUUGAUUCCCGAGUUCGCAUUCAAAAGCUUGUGCAGACUGCAUUGCAUUACUUCAACGAGACAGCUUCUACGUCCGACGGCUCGAGGCUCUUAACGGCUUCUCACUUGCAUCACUCUGUCACCACGCUGUCUUCAUCGCUCGAGCAAGACUUGCAGGUUGCUGAUGUGCUAUCCGCUAUCGCCUAUGUCCGUGAUGCAUUGCUUAGGAUAACCGACGCUCAGCUACCAAAAAAGGCUGAGAUCAUGCGAACGCUUGAGGCUAUUGUAACGACCAGUCGCGACGGCCUGGGACGGUUCGAAUGGGUAGAUGGGCCACUGGUUCAAGCCUUGAAGGAUGGGUCCUGGGUCCUGGUCGACGGCGCGAACUUGUGCAGCCCGUCAGUGCUCGACAGGCUUAACUCGCUCUGCGAGAUUCGCGGUCAACUAACGCUGAACGAGCGAGGCGCAAUCAACGGUGAGGUAGAAAGCAUCACCCCACAUCCCAACUUCCGACUCUUCAUGUGCGUGGACAGCCAAUUCGGAGAAUUAUCAAGGGCCAUGCGGAAUCGGGGCGUCGAGAUCAGCUUGCUGCCUGUAGACAAGGACGAAGAUUGGACGCGUCUUCUCGACCACUGGUCGCUACCCACGGACUACCUCGCAAGUCUAGACAUGCUACCGACAUUGCCAUUCAAGUUCGAUGCUGUUCGUCGAGGUAUCCUGAUUGACGACACGCCGCCUAAACGGCAUUCGACUCCUUCGGGAUCCAUGGUCGGUACGGAUUCGGCUUCUUCCUCUAUGCUGGAUUUGGUCCCAUCUCUGCAAUCGCCAUCCGAAUUGGACACGAAUCGGCGCGCCCUCGCGCUCUUCGCUGUACAAUCUACUACGCUGAGCCACCUUGCGGUAGUAAUUAGGCUUCUUCGUGAAACAAUCCGGAAUUUUCCCCAGCUCGAUCCUGUCUCGUCUACUGUCGAGAGCGUUCUUACCAGCCGCCUUCCCUCGCUGCUACACCACGUGCGCGAAUGUAUAAGCAUUUCACGGAGCGUCCCGUUGGAAGUAUUACUUGCUCAGGUAUGCGACCUCUAACCAA